AUGGAGGGGCCGCCGAUCCACGUGGCGGACGCUGAGAGGCAGACGGUGCUGACGAGUCUGCAGGGCGAGUUGAUACGAGAGUCGUACGCUGAGCUGGAGCCUGAUCUGGACAAACACGCCAUCAUAAUGUACCUCACCAUAUUUGACAUGGUACCGGACGCCAAGCGCCUCUUCUCAAUGGUGCGCGAGUCAAGCGAGCCGGCGCCGGUCAACAUCAAGCUCAACGCACAUGCCACCAUGUCCUUCCGCAUGAUGUGUGAGGCGUUUUGCAAGUGGGACGACCCGGCCCAGGUGGAGAAAUCUGUGCCUUUCUUCAAGGCGCUGGGCGGGCGGCACCUCAACUACGGCAUUGAUGGCAACGACUUUCCGGUAUUUCGAACGGGGUUCAUGAAGGCACUGAAGAAGGCGUUUGGAGAGCGGUGGCAUGGGGAGCUGGAAGGUGCAUGGUGUGCCGCCUUUGACAUGCUGGAGGGGGUUGCUAGCACCGGCAUGGCGGAGGGCGGGGGGUUCAAGCGAGACGGUGAUGGAGGAUGGAUGAUGGAGGACGGUGAUGGAGGAUGGAUGAUGGAGGACGGUGAUGGAGGAUGGAUGAUGGAGGACGGUGAUGGAGGAUGGAUGAUGGAGGACGGUGAUGGAGGAUGGAUGAUGGAGGACGGUGAUGGAGGAUGGAUGAUGGAGGACGGUGAUGGAGGAUGGAUGAUGGAGGACGGUGAUGGAGGAUGGAUGAUGGAGGACGGUGAUGGAGGAUGGAUGAUGGAGGACGGUGAUGGAGGAUGGAUGAUGGAGGACGGUGAUGGAGGAUGGAUGAUGGAGGACGGUGAUGGAGGAUGGAUGAUGGAGGACGGUGAUGGAGGAUGGAUGAUGGAGGACGGUGAUGGAUGA